AUGAAAUACCUCCGCCUUGCUGUAUCCCCAUACUCAUCUAGAAAAAGCAGGAAUUCCAAGCUUGGUGAGGAGCUAUCCACUAAGGUACAGCGAAUUUCUGAACUGGAGGAAGCUGUUCGCGACGCAGAAAAUGGUUUAAUGGAAACUCGUGCAGAGUCAGCAGAAGAAAUAGCCAAAGUCAAGGAGGAACUGGCGGAGACAAACGCUCUUGUUGGUAAACUCACCACCCAGCUGGAGGUGAACUCUCGUGCGAUUCCCGUUGAAGAGGUUGAAAAACAGCUGUCAGCUGUCCAAAGCUCCAUUGAACAAUCUGAGGGCAAAUUGAAGUCAGUGACCGAAGAGCGAGAUCGCGUGCUUGGAUGA